CGUCGCCCUGAGCUGUCUUAACUUGACUCGGCUCAGGUCUUGCUGCAAUCUUGAACGCUGGUGGUGACUGAUGAGUGCAGUGCCGUGGACUCGACUGACUCUUUCUUUAACGUAGUCAUCUCCAGUUUUAUUCAGUGUUUUACGGAACAUUUUCUCCAGAGGUGAAGCGUUUACUCGUUUGUCGAAGAUGUCUGUGGCCGGGCUGAAGAAACAGUUCCACAAAGCCAGCCAGCUAUUCAGUGAAAAGAUCAGUGGGGCAGAGGGGACAAAGCUGGAUGAGGACUUCAUGGAGAUGGAGAGGAAAAUUGACGUGACCAACAAGUCAGUGUUUGACCUCUUGGCCAAAACAACAGAAUACCUGCAGCCUAACCCAGCCUCUCGAGCAAAACUCAACAUGCUGAACACAGUGUCCAAGAUCCGAGGGCAGGUGAAGACCACCGGCUACCCCCAGACUGAAGGCCUUCUGGGAGACUGCAUGCUGCGCUACGGCCAUGAACUGGGCGAGGACUCUGUCUUUGGCGGUGCUCUGGUGGAUAUGGGUGAGGCCAUGAGGCAGAUGGCAGAUGUGAAGGACUCCCUGGACAUAAGCGUCAAACAAAACUUUAUUGACCCCCUGCAGAAUCUACAGGACAAGGACCUCAAAGAGAUCACACACCACCUGAAGAAGCUGGAGGGCCGUCGGUUAGACUUUGAUUAUAAAAAGAAACGUCAGGGGAAAAUCCCAGACGAGGAGAUCCGCCAGGCUGUGGAGAAGUUCGAGGAGAGCAAAGAGCUGGCUGAGAGGAGCAUGUUCAAUUUCUUGGAGAAUGACGUGGAGCAGGUGACCCAGCUGUCAUCGCUGAUUGAGGCGGCCUUAGAGUACCAUCGGCAGUCGAGUGAAAUCCUGGAGGAGCUCAGUGGACAGCUGCAGAGGAGGAUAUCCACAGCCAGCAGCCGGCCCAAGAGAGAGUUCAAACCAAAGUCUAUCAGGAGCAGCAUGGAGGCCCUGGACAACAGUCAGCACAACGGCCUGUCCUACAGCUCCUCGCUCAAAUCCACAGAUAUCCAGAUCAAUCACACAGUCAAUGGGAAAACUGAUCAUAUAACCUCUGUUCCACUGUCAUGGCCUGAGAGCCCUACUACCAAUGGCAAUAAUCACCAGACGGAGGUGUUGGACCAGCCAUGCUGUCGCUCCCUCUAUGACUUUGAGCCGGAGAAUGAGGGCGAGCUGGGUUUCAAGGAGGGCGACAUCAUCAUCCUCACCAACCGGAUCGACGAGAACUGGUACGAGGGCAUGAUCAACGGCGAGUCCGGCUUCUUCCCCGUCAACUAUGUGGAGGUCAUCGUCCCUCUGCCUCAGUGAGACUGGCUCCUCAAGUCCUCUGCAGACUCCUUCCUGCCUCAUCACACUCAGCCUCUGUCCUCGACUCAACUCGGGCCUAAAUGCGUGGGGCCGGCUCAACGCGAAGCUGAAAAAAUAUUCUGUCUUCUGAAUUUCAAACCGAGCCAGAGAGGUAGUAGUUUUGUCCCAAGCCGACGUAAGAUCAAAUGUCACUGAUUGCAUUGUUGUUUUUUUGUUGUUGUCGAUAUUUAUGGACCUGAAGCCAACUGAAACCCAAGCCAUUAAGUGGGACCCUCUGCCUGGUUGGACCCAUUGUGUCUGACUGAGGUGAAAAUGUCAAGAAGUCAUCAAACUCUGUAAUCAUCCUGUGAGUACUAUAGAUAAGGCUAGAGGCCGAUGUAAAGAACUGAGAGGAUGAUUACAUCCUCUCAGUUCUUCUUCUAUAAGGCUGUUUAAUGUUAUAGAAGUUUAUGUCAUUGGGCUGUCUGCCUGCUUUUGCCCCGUCACCACAACUUGAGACUCCUUAACUUUCGUUGAAGUGCACAAUGGACAUCAUGACUGCAUUAGCUCUUUUUUUGCAUUACAGCCACAUGAGGAACAUGACAAAUGUUAUAGGGUAUUAUUAAUCCUGUAAAUUAUUAUGUAAUUAUCCCCCAAAAAUUGAUAGAGGCUUUGUGUUUGCAUCAAAAAUUGAAGUCUCAAGUUAAAUGAUCAGUUGGCAUUACAGAAUUACUUAACAAAAACACAUUUGUUCUUUUACACCUAGUAUUCUACCAUACAUAUAGUUUUAUGUUUGAAAAGUGACAUUUAAAAACAUCCAACAAAUUCAAGAGGUAAGUGAGAAAAUGUAUGUAUUUUUUUGUAAUUUGGGUGAACUGACUCUUUAAAAAUACAGAGCGAGAACAGUUGAUGAGAUGAUGGCCAGCUCAUAUGUUUAGAAAAGCACAGCUUUUAUUAGUCACCAAGACCUCCAAUAUGGCUGCUACAAUCCUGUAUUCUACUGAUUUUGCGUUUCAUAUUUUAAAAGCAUUUUAUGACCUUAUGUUGUUGGUUUCAUAAUCUGGAGAAACCGUUGAAUCGCCUGAUUCUUUCCUUGUUGAACCUUGUUGUAGUAAUGUCACCAUGUUAUCAGAUGAUGUGUACAAAGAAAUAGUUCCUAAAACUACGAAAACAACAUCCAACGUAACGAACCAAAAUGAUCCUUUAAAAUGUGAACUUCAGUUCUCACUCUUAAAUUUUUGAUCAAUGUUGGCUUUAGCUCGACGGCGCUCUUCCCUCACACACAAACAUUCCACUGCUAUUUAUUUUCUACAUGUUUUUAUCAUGUGUGUAGUUUUGUUCAUCUUUUUAAAGCCACAGCCGUCGGACAGCGAUCACACCUAACUCACAGUUGAACUCACCGGUGUCUGAAAACCUCACAUUGCACUGAGAUCAUGGUAGACUGUACGUGAUGUGUAUUACUCCUCCGUUAGACUCUGCCUGUAUCCAGUUCAGCCUGUCUUGUGUUGUAUCUUUGUACCUUUCCGUUCACGUCUUUCCUCCUCUCCAUUACUGACGUUGCCUGUUUGCCUGCUGUGCUCUUAAGUGUCGCCCAGAACACGUUUUUACGACUGCGAGGAACUGAAGUGAACUCUCAUCUCUCUGAAUGUCCCUCUCUUUCUGUUUACAUGCUCUGACUUAUUGUGACAUGAUGUAAGGAUUGUACCGCCCGCUCUGUCAGAUAAGGAUGAAUGCCUUUGACACAUUGAAACCAUAUGAAAGUGCUUUUUGAAAUGCCGUCUGUAUUGCACUGAAGCUUUAGAAUAUACCUACCACAUAUGUUUAUGGACAUGCACCUUUUUAUUUGUUAAUGUUUUUGUUCUUCCUCUUCUUCAGCGUUGCACUUUGUCUCGUUCACACUGGGGUAAUAAUCACUACCAUAUCAGAUAUAUAUGUGAAGUCAAAAUGGUAGAUAGUUAGAUUUAUAUAACCACAGAUGUUCAUUGUACUGUGCUGUGAUGAAUCCACUAUCUCAAUUGUUGUAAUUUAGAUUGGAAAAAUGGUUGUAUCACAUCUAAAAUCAGACGUAGAUGUCUGUGGAAGUAGAGGAUCCUGUUACCUUGUGAAACUCAUUCCAGUUCUCUUAUUAGCUAGUGAUGAGCAGUAGAAUAAGUAAAGACCUGCAGUUACAGUUUGGCUGUGCUGAUAAACCUGUUUAUUUAGGAAGUUCCAUCAUGACAUGAGUUGGUAAAACACCUCGGUAGCCUGAUAUUUAGCAGUCGUCUCUCCUGACAACAUUCAGUUUAGAAAAGAGGGUGAGAUUACCUUAAAUUCUCAAAAACAGGCCAAGGCCUUCAAUUACCUUUAUUUAACUUCAGACAAAACCAGACCAGAUUAGAUACAUACCUUUAUUUCUAAUUUCCUUAUAUUUUCUUACUUUCUCUCUUUUCUGAUAUUUUAGUAAGAAACCUCCCUGUUCUCUGGUCUGCUCUUAUUUUGUUAUCCAUUGAUGCAAACUCCAUGAUCACCUGUUGUCUGGAUAAAUUCAACACAAUGUACAUUUCCACAGAAUUAAUUCCAUCAAUACAGCAACAUAGUCAUGUCAUAACCACCACUCUACUGCUCUCACUUUCUCCUCUGACAGAAAUACUGUUUUCUAUCCUAUUGGUAAACCAAUUCCAGCUACUCCUACUUUGCAGGGGGGUUUUUUUUGAGCGAGUUACUGUCAACGAAAGUCAACACUUCCUGCACAGAUAUUUCACAUUAAAAGACUUCCAGCAUCUGGAAGUCUUGAAACAUCUGCAGGUAACUUAACAGUAACUUAACAUUGCUAAAAAAAAAAACCCUGCAAAGUAGAAGCAACAGGAUUGUUCAUUUCAUCAACAAAGACUACAACGAAAAAUAUUUAAUAUUUUUUCCUGAACGAAAUGAGAUCAAAGACAAAAUUUAAAAGUAACCUUUGAAAACAAAAACUAAGACAAAAUUAAUUAUAUAUUUCAUCCACACAAAAUCUAAAUGAUAAUGUGACAGAUGAACAAAUGUACUAAUUACUGUUUUAAUGCAUAAUAAAUAUAAAACAAUUAUUUGACUUAAUGUUGUGUUGAUGGAAUUAGUGCUGUGGUAAUAUACAUUAUACAGAAUGAGUCAUUAUGUAAGCCACUGUAACAGGUCUCUAUGUUUACCAGCCUUUAUUAGCAGCUGGCUGAAUGCUAGCCUUAAUUUGACAAUUCAAGGCACUCCAAAUAUUCUAAUGGUGUUUCCACAAAAACCUUUUUUCUCCAGAAAUUUGUGAAGUUCCUUAAUUUAGUUUUGUGCACAGAGUUACUGUUAAUGUGAACAGAAAUAACCCAGACCUAAACUCAGGUUUUGGGUGUUGGUUCCAAUACAUACUCGAUGGACUACACUCUUUAUCUCCAUUAUUUAGUUUCAUCUUUUAUUGUAUGUGGACUAACUAUACUUUAUAUACAAUAGAGAGAAAAUACACAAAAUGUAUUGGGAUACUUACUGUUAGCUUGCAAUUGCUUAGAUGUUCAAGACGUUGCAUGAUGAUGAUUUUUCCAAAAGAUUGUUAUGAUGGAUUUUGGAUACUGGGGAGUUCUUAGCACAGAGUUGCUACGUGCGACACACAUUACUUCACAGAAUGGAAGGAAUCACAAGGUUUAAUCCUGCAUCCAGUCUUAAACUAUUCUUUGUAAAACAAUCGAAAACAUUGGCAGAAGAAUCUCUUCUCAUCAGGUUCCUGUAUAAAUGCAGUUUUCAUGAAACAUUUCCAAGCCUUUGACUGGGUUUACAGACGAUUUAACACUGAAUUCAAGAUCAGCCUAGUUUCACUUAUCUUUCACAGUUAGCCCCACAGUAUGAAUGACUGACUCUUUGAUACACUAAACCAAGAUCUCUCAACACUGUACCUCUGUUUGCCUUUGCAGUCCACAAAAUUCUCUCCUCAGUAUUCAUUUUACAACCAACUUCAACAAAGGAAACUGGCUGCGCAUCUCUGUGUUUUAUUUUUUCAGUAGCAUAAUUUAUGCAAGAGGUGUUUUAUAGAUGUUGUAAAUGAAUAUAUUAAUAAAUAUAUUGCGUAAAUAAAUGACAAGCAAAUAUUGAGCCGCCA